GGGCAACUUAGAAAAAGAUCGAAAGUAAGCUAAACCGAGAUUAAAGUUAAUCUACAUUGGUAGAAACCUAGAAACAGACAUUAGUCAAUCAACUAGAUUUUUCGUAAAAAAUUUACGGAAAUUUACGGAUUUAAUUAAAAAAUCAAGAUCUUGGGAAUGCACAAGAGAAUUAAUGCCACUCGAGAAUUCCGAAAUCUGGCCACGAAAGCGACACGUCACUGACCGUGGGCCAAUUGCGCGCGGCCGAAAUUACGCGCCACCGGCCAAUGGCCGGUCGCCUAUGACGCGCGGGCAACUUCGCGGCGUGCUGACACUGCGCUGACCGGCCUGACCGCGGCCGACGGUGCGACGGUCCGUCAGUCACUUCAGUCAGUCGAAAUGAAGAUGGCCGCCGAGGUGAGGUGGCUGCUCGUAUUUCUCGUGUCGUGCGGCGUGUCGUCGUGCCACGGCGAGGCGCCGCAUCGGAAAUUCGAGUACAAGUACUCGUUCAAGCCACCGUACCUCGCGCAGAAGGACGGCAGCGUACCGUUCUGGGAAUACGGCGGAAAUGCCAUCGCUAGUGCAGAAAAUGUCAGGCUAGCGCCAUCACUUAGAAGUCAAAAAGGUGCAAUAUGGGUGAAACAGCCGGCGACUUUCGACUGGUGGGAGGUAGAAUUAGUGUUCCGGAUAAGCGGACGUGGAAGAAUAGGGGCGGACGGUUUGGCAUUCUGGUACACCAGCAGCAAGGGAUCCUACAACGGCUCCGUUUUCGGUAGUUCAGAUCUUUGGACGGGUCUGGGAGUCUUCUUCGACUCGUUUGAUAACGACAAUAAGCACAAUAAUCCGUACAUCAUGGCCAUUGUCAAUGACGGCACGAAGGAAUUCGAUCAUACAAGUGACGGCUCUUCGCAGCAAUUGGCGGGCUGUUUGCGAGAUUUCCGCAAUAAACCUUUUGCCACGCGAGCGCGGAUAGAGUAUUACAUGAAUUCGUUAACUCUGUUAUUUCACAAUGGCAUGACGAACAAUGAGCAAGAUUAUGAUAUCUGCUUCCGAGUUGACAAUGUUGUGUUACCGAAAAACGGAUACUUUGGAAUAUCUGCUGCUACUGGUGGCCUGGCUGACGACCAUGACGUCUUAUAUUUCCUCACUACCUCUCUGUACCCUCCCGGACAGCUACCAAUGGAUGGGAAUAAAGUUUCUGUAGAGGAACAAGCCAAACUCCAUCAGGAAUACUUAGACUACCAAAAGAAGCUCGAUGAACAAAAAGAGGAAUAUCGCAGGGAGCAUCCAGAAAGUCAGAAGAACGAAUUCGAUGAAACAUUCUAUGAAACAGAGAGUCAAAGGGAGUUACGACAGAUAUUCAACGGGCAGAGCCAAAUGUUUGACGCUUUGCGCGAACUUCACAGGAAAUUAGACGAGAUCGUUGGAAGACAAGAGAGAACGUUGAGUUUAAUAUCCCAAGUCGGGCAAGGAGGUGUACAAGUUGCGGGUCAACCAGGACAACAACCUGUACUGAUCGACACUAUACGUCGGCAGGAAGUCGACGCUGUGUUGAAUAAUCAAAAUGUCAUAUUGAACACAGCUAGGGAAAUUAAAACCUUCGUGGGAGAGGUUCAUUCCAAGACUGAAUCUAUUCUUAGCAAUCAAGCGCGCGCUCCGACAGCACAGGUGCAGCCAAUGGGAUACGAUUAUCAGUCAUUUAUGACGGAGAUGCGGGACGGACUUAACACGUUGAAGAAGGAUGUUAAAACCACGGGAAACGUAGAUUGUCCUAAUUGUUUAACAACUAGCAUAUUCUUACUGUUCGUCGCUGUACAGAUGAUAAUACUAUUGGUGUACAGUCUUUAUCGAGACAAUAAGGAGGCACAGAUGAAGAAGCUCUACUAAUGUACGCAUCGUCCACAUCAGCGAAAUUUAUACAAUGCAUUCUCGUCUACAUUACGAUUCGAUAUUUUUAUUACUCGUUAUUCGUAUCCGCGAGGUAUGCGUGUCUCUCGUCAUUUGUAUAAUAAAUCCUUCGUCCGCUAGAUGUGAAAUUGUACAGCAUCCGGAUAUCGCCCCCACGAGGACACGAGGACAUCUCGGCAUUGUGACUCGAUCCCAUUUUAAAUAAUCUCUUUUUAAAUAUCCAAAUCGGCAGCCAUCUCCAUCACGGUGCAUUGUGUUGUUACGCUGUGCAAUCCUAUAUUACAAUUGUCGUAUACCGACAAGACGCACGCGUGAAGUUUGGAGUAAUGGAGGAAUGAUUUAAGUUGAAGUUUACUUACAGAUUAGUUGACCUAUUGAGAGUUAUUAAAGAUGUCUCACGAUUAUUUUCUUGUACCGUUAUAUAUAUAAUAUAUAGUUUUUUUUACUUGUCAAUCAUCGCAAGCAUACUUAUCGUUACGCACAUAUCGUUUUUGUGAAUUUUUUUUUCAUUUACAAUCGCUGUAUUAUCAAUAUCUCGUUGCAACGGUAACGCGGCUUUCCAUGUAAAUCUUUGUAUACGAUAUUUUGUAUCACGCAUUUAGUACAUGAAUAUACAAUUACUUUGUUCGUAAGAAAUGUCACUCUCUUUCGUCGAGGUCGGCGUUCCACUGUGAACUGAUCUAUUUCUCGGGAAGAGAUAAUUAUCACAUGAUGCGUCUUAUAACCGUUAUGUAAUAAUAACGAUUUUGAAUGUCACUCAGCAUUCCAUCAGAGACUAUUGUAUAAUCGAAUAACGUACGUUUGUGUGCAUUACAGUCCUAUCUUGUGUAAACAUGAUUGUGUGCAGUGAGACUGCGUUUUUUUGAAGCCACGAUAAAACAUCUCCGAGUUAAAAUGUAUGUUACGUGUGUAAGGUGCAUGAGUAGAGUUGCGAUAGCGUACGGGAGCGAGAUGGAAAGAUUUCGAAGUUCGUUGUUUCCCGCAUCAUCGCAUUUGUAAAAAUUUAUUCGGUAUAUUGUAGCCGUACGAAGACAUAUAUAUCUGACAAAAAAAAUUAAAGAGGGAAAGAGAAACGGAUUUAAUUAAUGUUAA